AUGAGCUCAUCCUCAGAGAAGAAACCUUCUUCUUCUUCUUCUUCUUCUUCUCCUUCAGUGUUGAAGGUAUUUGGUUCCCCUUUGACGGCUAUGAGAAGUGACGAGGCUCUCAGAGAUGGCUGGGUUAAGAAAAUCGAGUGUCCUUUCUGCCAUCGCGAGUUUCAGAGUUUGCAAGCUCUAGGGGGACACCAAAAUGCGCAUAGGAGAGAAAGACAAAUGGCUAGGUUUGCCCAAUUUGAAUAUAUGUGUCUGAAUCAAAGCAACCAAAUGUUCCAAUCGGUUACACCUCUUGUGGUUGAGCAUGGAGCAGCACCAACCUCUGUUUUCGGUGGUGCAACUCGGUUAUGGACAGCACCUGAGUCAUCACAGCUACCUGUGGCGGAGCCACCAGGUAUGCUUAUCCCUAUUGUACAAGCACCAGUAGUAGGGGAUGAUGAUAAUAUCGACCUAGAACUGAGACUAGGUAAUUCUUCUAAGUAA